GGCUAUAAAAAGACACAGGUGAGGGGCGGAGGCCAGUCGGCUUCGUUCCGUCAAGCGAUCGUGUGCGAUUCUGAUUAACGGUAUACUCAGCGUUCACUCUACGUCGUACGCGACAAUCGCAUCAACACGCACUCGGCACCCGGUAGCCGCCGAGGAUGAUGCGGCUGGUCAGUGAAUCGAAUAGCAGUGGGUGACCUCUCGCACGUGUGAUUCCACACUCGAUCAACGAACAAAACUAGGAGAGGCCUGUCAUAUCACCUCAGCGACGUAUCACUUGACGAGGAGAAAUCACGAGGAGAGAUCUAGCGUGAUCCACCCUCCGCUCUUCACGUGCAUUCGCGCCUCCUGCGUGUUCGACAGCUCCUGCGAUCGAUAAGCACACGCGCGGUGAGUGUGUAUAUGUGUGUGUGUGCGGGUGGCGCGCUGUCGUCGGACGAUCACUCAGUGUGCCCGCAGACGGCGCCGAGAGGAAGGAGCGAGCGCCGGAUCGAUCGGCUCGGUCGCCCGACCAAUUUCUGAUCGCCGCUGUCUCUGCAUGAAGGCGAUGGUGGUGAGCCCGGUGAGUGGCAGAGUGCCGCCCAAUCAUCGCGGCGUUCUCCACAACGGCCUGGGAAUCGGCGGCAGGCGCGACCUCGAGGCCGAGGAGAUAGCCGCUUAUCUGAUGAAGCUGCGCUCCCUCGUUCCGGACAUGCCGCGUAAACGGAAGCUGUCGAAACUCGAGGUGAUCCAGAGGGUGAUCGAAUACAUCUGCUAUCUACAGACCGCCCUGGAGGAGACGAACGCCACGCAUCAGGACAUGAAGACGAUGACAACGGCGACGACGACGACGACGACGACGACGACGGUGGAGGCGGCGACAGUGACAACACAGUCCUCGAGGCAACCUCUGCUGAACGCCGCCACAUCGAUCGCCGCGACAACCACGACAACAUCCGUCGUAACCACGACGGUUGCCGAGCGGUGACCUGCUGAUCAGAUCCGCUAAGGUAUAAGUCGCAUCGAAGCCACCCUCCUCACUGGACUAGGUAGAUCGCUCUUCAAAGUAUCCAUCAUCAAGCUGAUCUACCCUCUUGGCUUGGAUCACGGGAGAAGGUGUCGACCGCAUCGCGGAAGAGGAUAAUCAAGGAUCAUUCGAAGGCGCGUUCUGCAGCCGAAGAUGGGAUUUUGUAUGACGGUGAUGGAGAAGGACAUUUUGAUCAAAGAGCGAGUCCCGCGCGCCGGUUUCUCAAGCUCUACUCUUCCCCCACACACCCCGCAAUGGGAAAUUGUAAAUAUAUUUGUAUAUACGCUCAUCGCAUUCCACAUGAGAUCUCUUAUGGUUAUAAGGACCUGGCACGAAUUUUACCCCUUCCCCUGCCCCUCUUUCUGUUUCCCAUCUAGAAUCUUGUCAUUCCGAUCGUUUUUUAACCGACUACUCGAUCUUCUAUCGCAAGACUGGCAGAAAUCGGCGAUUUCCCUGCGAUUUCUACUUUCGAGAUUCCCCGUUUUGCGAUGGACUGCGAAAGAUGACGUGCGAGUUCCGACUAACGUUAAUUUUUUUUUUUUUUUUUUUUUUGAAACUACUCCGCGCUUAAAUCCUCCAAGGACCAGAAUCUUACUCUGGUAUGAGAUUCUCGAAUCUAUUGUAAGAAAUAGACGAUCGUAAGCGGUCAUGAAGAGAUUCGGAUUAUAAACAGCUAACUGUAGAGGAGCCGUCGCGAUCGUGCAGACCAAGUGUCUUGGUAAUAAGCGAGGGAUCCUGAGUUAAAAUCCAGUCGGUCUCCGUUUAUUUUUCCGAAUCUAAUAAAUAUCUUUCACUAUAUCACAUACAUAUCGCACACGAAAAAUCGUAACGUGUACCAUACGAUUUUCGUAUGCGAUAUAUCUUUCGAGAAUAAGGCCUCUGGUAUCGCGUAUCACAUAAUGCGAUAUCAUGCGUUAAAUGAAAACGUGCGCACGCGUUUGAGCACAACGAACGCUCGUUCAAGUCAUUACAUAGCGCCCCGCCCAACUUCGCCGAUCGAUCGCCUCUUUUCUUGCGGAAGUCCUCUCCUCCUGGAAAACACACCUCGUUGUGUCGUGUCGCAUCGUAUCGCAUGUCGCACGCGCGUCCAUCGAAUUCGCAGUCGUAGACAGCGAAAGAAAUACGCUUUUUUUUCGAGGGAAUCGAAACAAGUUUGCGUGACAGUCGGCGAAUUUGGAUUUCAACGCCGGAGAUGUAGCAUGACGAUGACGAUGAUUGCAUCGAUUCGUACGAAAUCGAACUCGCCGAGAUUAUACCGAUUUUUGGCAAGGUCCAGUUUAUUUUCUAUUAAAAUUUCACAUUUCUAGUAUUCCUAAUUAUUGUAUAGUUAUCACCGUCGUUGUUUAGCCUCUUAUGUUGUAAUCACAGUUGCCACUUUCACGUCGAUGCUCCAUCGAAAAUUUGAUUUCCAAAAAAAAAUUCUUGAUUUAUAUACUUGUAUAAUUUAUAUAAUUGUAAAUGCGGAUAAGUGGAAAAAAGUGGAAAAAAGUGUUGUAAUAUUUUGCUACGUCACAUACUUAAUAUCUCAUUGAACAUUUAAAACUUUAUCGAACUUACCUUGAAACUGUGUGUGUAUGUGUGUAUGUGUGUGUGUGGGGGAGGGGUGUGUUUUUUAUAUUUUACUAUGUUUUUCUUUAAAGAAAUCAUCAAAAUUCAAAGUGAGAUUUUUUGGCGUUUGUCGAAAUGCCAGAAAUUCAUCUGUCAUAGAUUUCUAGACGAGCAGAGGCAACUGUGAUUUGUAAUUUAGAAAGUACUCCUCGCCUUCUCAACCCGCGUAAAUAUUGUAUAUUUGCAAAGACUGAAGGGCUGUAAGAACAUCAAUACGCGGGCGUACUGCACUCGUACACUCGAAAUAAAUUUAAACUGUGUCUAUAAAU